GCCAGCAUGCGCCGCCGCAGAAGGGAGAGGUCUUGUGCAGGCUUUGACGAUACCCGUCGGAUCGACCGUUGCCGUGCUGCUGCUCGCCGGCGCCGCCCUGCUGGCCGCCUGUCAGCCGCGCGUCGCGGUGGAGGCGCCGAAGGAGCCGAUCACCAUCAAUCUCAACAUCAAGCUCGAUGCCGAUGUGCGCCUGGCCGGCCCGAGAGCGAAGCUGACAGCCAUGCGGAUCACACGACGCACCCUUCUUCUCCAGACCGGCGGCGCGCUGGCGGCCGGCGCCCUGCUGCUGGGCGCCGCCGCGCCGCCGGCCCGCGCCCAGAGCGCCGACGAGCUGAAGCGCCGCGGCCUGGCGGGCGAGAACCUGCAGGGCUACCUGGUGGCGCGCGACGCCUCGGUGACCGCACGGGUCGAGCAGAUCAACGCCGAGCGGCGCCGGGUCUACCAGGAGCGCGCGGCGCAGGAGGGGGUCGACGUCAGCGCGAUCGGCCAGAUCUAUGCCAGGCAGAUCAUCCAAUCCUCGCCGCCGGGCACCUGGUACCAGUCGCCCAGCCCGGCCGACGUCCCGGCCGAAGCCACCGCCUCCGCCGCCCUGCCGAGCGACGUCGACGGAGUGGUCGAGCUGCUCCAGCAUGGCAGCUACGUGGCCGACCGCAGUCUGGCGACCGUGCUGUUCCUGGCGCUGAAGCUGGGCCGGCCGCUGUUCCUGGAGGGCGAGGCCGGCGUCGGCAAGACCGAAAUCGCCAAGGUUCUGGCCGAGACCCUGGGCCGCGAUCUGGUGCGCCUGCAGUGCUACGAGGGGCUGGACGUGGCCUCGGCGGUCUACGAGUGGGACUACCCGCGCCAAAUGGUGGAGAUCCGCCUGGCCGAGGCGGCCGAGAGCCUGGACCGGGAGUCGCUGGAGUCGACCAUCUUCUCCGAGCGCUUCCUGAUCGAGCGGCCGCUGCUCAAGGCGAUCCAGCCCAACGUCAACGGCCCGCCGGUGCUGCUGAUCGACGAGCUGGACCGCACCGACGAGCCCUUCGAGGCCUUCCUGCUGGAGGUGCUGAGCGACUUCCAGAUCACCAUUCCCGAGCUCGGCACCAUCAAGGCGCCGCAGCCGCCGAUCGUGGUCAUCACCUCCAACCGCACGCGCGAGAUCCACGACGCGCUGAAGCGGCGCUGCCUCUACCACUGGGUGCCCUACCCCACGGCCGAGCGGGAACUGGAGAUCCUGCGCGUCAAGGCGCCGCACGCUCCGGAGCGGCUGAGCCGCGAGAUCGUCGGCUUCGUGCAGCGGCUGCGCGACCUGGACCUUUUCAAGCUGCCCGGCAUCGCGGAGACGAUCGACUGGGCCGAGGCGCUGACCCAGCUCGACAAGGUGGCGCUCGACCCGCAGGCGAUCGACGACACCCUGGGCGUGCUGCUGAAGUACCAGGACGACAUCGCCAAGAUCGAAGGCAGCCAGGCCGCCCGGCUUCUGGAAGAGGUCAAGCGCGACCAGGCCGACCCCUUCGCCGACGCCAAGCGCCAGCUCGAGGCGCAGGGCAGGGUCGCCGGGCUCGAGGCCGGCGACCUGGCGGCGCUGCCCGGCGGGCGCCUGGCCGAGAACAUCAUGUAUUUCGCGCGCACCCUGCGCGCCGCCGGCCUGCCGGUCGGGCCGGGCAAGACCCUCGCAGCGCUGGAGGCGGUGGAGACGGUCGGCGUGGCGCGGCGCGACGACUUCUACUGGACGCUGCACAGCAUCUUCGUGAACCGCCGCGACCAGCAGGAGGUCUUCGACCAGGCCUUCCACGUCUUCUGGCGCAACCCGAAGUUCCUCGAGCGCCUGCGCAGCCUGUUCCUGCCCGACAUCGCCCUGGACGGCGAGGAGCCCGAGGGCCAGGAGCUGUCGCGCCGCGUCGCCGAGGCCCUGCGCGCCGAGAUGCCGGGCCAGAGCGAGAGCGAUGAGGACGAGGAAGAGGUCGAGAUCGACGCGGCGCUGACCUACUCCGACAAGGAGGUGCUGCGCCACCAGGACUUCGAGAAGAUGACGGCUGAGGAGGUCGCCCGCGCCCGCGAGGCGAUCCGCAGCAUGCGCCUGCCGAUCAUGGAGGUGAAGACCCGCCGCUAUCGCCCGACCUCGGGCAGCGGCCGGGCCGACCUGCGCGCCAGCCUGCGCGCCGCCCUGCGCCAGGGCAGCGACACCAUCCCGCUGAAGUUCAAGCAGCGUCGCCGGCGCCAUCCGCCGCUGGUCAUCCUCUGCGACAUCUCCGGCUCGAUGAGCCGCUACUCGCGCAUGGCGCUGCACUUCAUGCACGCCGUGACCAACGACCGCGACCGGGUGCACUCCCUCGUGUUCGGCACGCGGCUGUCCAACAUCACCCGCUACCUGCGCAACGCCGACGUCGACGCGGCACUGCAGGCCUGCGGCGAGGUGGUCGACGACUGGGCCGGCGGCACGCGCAUCGGCGCCUGCCUGGCCGAGUUCAACCGCGUCUGGUCGCGCCGUGUGCUCGGCCAGGGCGCCGUGGUGCUGCUGAUCACCGACGGGCUGGACCGCGAGGGCGCCCAGGGCCUGGACGCGGAGAUGGAGCGGCUGCACAAGUCCUGCCGCCGGCUGAUCUGGCUCAACCCCCUCUUGCGCUACGAGGCCUACGAGCCCAAAACCAUGGGGGCAAAGGCGAUCAUGCCCCACGUCGACGACGUCCGCUCGGUGCACAACCUCGAGCGUGGGCCACUGGGCGGAGCAGGCCGCAUGAGCGAGACAGCCGUCACCUACCCCACAACCGACAGCGUGCUGCGCCAAGCCGCCGCGUGGCGCGACGCCGGCCGCAAGGCGGCGUUGGCCACGGUGGUCGCCACCUGGGGCUCCUCGCCGCGGCCGGUCGGCAGCCAGCUCGCCGUCGACGAGGAGGGCAACAUGCUGGGCUCGGUCUCCGGCGGCUGCAUCGAGGGCGCCGUGGUGACCGAGGCGCUGGAGAUCAUGGAAGGCGCCGACGGCGGCCAGCCGCGCCUGCUGGAGUUCGGCGUCAGCGACGAGAACGCCUGGGAAGUCGGCCUGGCCUGCGGUGGCACGGUCCAGGUCUUCGUCGAGGCGCGCGACGCCAAGCGGCCGGUGGCCCUGGUCACCGACAUCGGCGACGGGCGCCAGGCCCUGCUCGACGGCGCCGCGGUCGAAGGCGACCUGCCGCUCGCGCCGGCCAGCCUGGCGGCGGCCCGCGCCGCGCUGCGCGACGGCCGCUCGGGCCGUCUGGGCGAGGCCGAGCAGCUCUUCGUGCAG